AUGUGUCUGUGUUGUGUUUGUUGUACGGUAUCUGAUUUGCUACUUUACAUUGUAGCUAUCAUCUUUCCCCCUGCUGCAGUUGGAAUCAGAUCCGGACUAUAUUCAAGUGAUCUUCUUCUAAAUGCUUUAUUAACGCUCUUUGGUUUCCUUCCAGGCAUGAUACAUGCCUUCUAUUAUAUUACAGUAACGUCGCCACUUAGACUGGAUACAGAAUCUCGUUAUUACUAUCAGCAAGGGUGGACGGAUGCCCAAAGAUUCGGUAGUCCCUCAGCUGUAACAGUUGUCAGCCAGCAACCAGCACCCGUGGAAGCCCCCUUAUUACCACCUGCGCAGACUUCAAAUCCAUAUCACUCGAUACCCAGGGCAGGUACGCCUAAAGGCUCUCCACCGCCAUACUCGGAAACCGUAUGA